GGACACAGCGGAUCACCGAUCCACGGAAAGAGCCGAAGAUGUCGGCUCGGUCAUGUGAUCAGCUGUGUCCAAUCACAGCUGAUCACAUGGGACAUGUACACUGAUCACCAAAGCACUGAUCAUCAGUGUGCCCUGAUGAUCAGUGUAGCCCCAGCAGUGCCACCUGUCAGUGUCUAUCAGUGCCAGCUCUCAGUGCUCAUCAGUGCCACAUUUCAGUGCCUACCAGUGCACAUCAAUGCCACAUAUCAGUGCCCAUCUGAGCUGCCUUUCAGUGUCACCCAUCAGUGCCAGUCAGUGCCACCUAUCAAUGCCAAUCAGUGCCACCUAUCAGUGCUGCCAAUCAGUGCCGCCUAUCAGUACCGCCUAUCAGUGCCAGUCAGUGCCACCUAACAGUGCCAGUCAGUGCCGCCUAUCAGUGCCAUAUAUCCGUGCUGCCUUUCAGUGUCCAUCAGUGAUGCCUGUCA